AUGUCGGACAUACCAACGGAGCAGAAGGUUGUGCUCAUCCGCGAGACUGGCGGACCAGAAGUGCUGCGGUAUGAAGAAGACUACCCAGUGCCCGAAGUUCGGGGUUCUGAUAUAUUGAUCAAGAAUCGGUACGCUGGUGUGAACUUCAUCGAGACAUAUUUUCGCACGGGGCUGUACCCUUGUGAAAAGCCGUAUGUGCUUGGGCGGGAAGCGGUCGGAGUAGUGGCGGCCAUCGGCGCUGACGUCAGGCGCUUCAAGGUUGGAGACCGGGUUGCAUGUCUCUCCUCGGGGACGUUUGCGCAAUACACGGCUGUGUCUGAAAAGAGCAACGUUUUGAAGCUGCCCGAUGACAUCCAAGAUGGCGAGUUACAGGCGGUUGCAGGUUCUCUGGUUAACGGGUUGACUGCUCUGACACUGGUAGAUGAAGCCUACAAACCGCAGGUGGGUGAGAUUGUACUGGUUUAUGCUGCUGCGGGUGGUGUAGGGCAGCUACUCAUCCAAUUAUUGCACGCGCGCUCUGUGCGGGUCAUUGCCGUGGCGUCAACCGAUGAAAAGCUGCAAAUAGCGAAAUCGCGUGGUGCCGAAUUUCUCAUUAAUUCUUCACGUGAAGAUAUCGUUGCAAAGGUACUGGAGUUUACCGAUGGUGAGGGAGUUGGUGCGAGCUACGACUCCGUAGGCAAGGAUACAUUCGAGACAACCCUCCAGUCAGUCAAACGCAAAGGCACCAUUGUGUCGUUUGGGAACGCCUCUGGCGCAGUUCCACCGUUCAGUAUUCAACGGCUGACCCCCAAAAAUCUCAAAAUCUUGCGUCCGCAACUCUAUGGGUAUUUAGCGACGCGGGAAGAAUGGGAAUACUACUCCUCUAAGUUACUGCACCUAAUUCGGAGUAAAAAAUUGAUUAUUAAUAUCACCAAUCUGUCUCCAUUAGAAGAGUUUAAACGGCUUACACAGCUGUUGGAGUCGAGACAGACUACAGGGAAGCUUCUGUUAGCAAUACCGGACUGA